CAGGGAAAAAGUAAAACCCCCCAAAUCACAAACAACAUUUUUCUCAUUUUCUUUGCUAUUUUAUUAUUCAUUCUCUGCAGCAACGGUAUCAGCCAAUCCAUUACUCAUCGCUCUCUCUCUCUCCCUCCGCUCCCUUGUCUUUCUCUCCAAGACGUAACCCCUUUCGCAUCAAAUUAACUAUUUUGAGGGAGAUUGAGUGAUGAACGAAUGUUGAGUGAUGAUGGGAAGAACAGCUUUGGGGAAGCAUAAAACCUCCAAGUUUGUCUUGGCAUUGCUGGUGCUUUUAGGCCUCUUUCUCAUUGCAGAUCUGCUCUGGGCUUCCUCUUCUUCUUCUUCCUCCACUUGGGUACUGCAAAAAUCCAACAAUAUCAUCCUCCCCAACCCUCUUCCCACGCCGAAUAAGGAUCAACUCAAGCAAGAUAAGAAGGAUAUCUCUGGAAGGGUCUUAUCAGCAACCUUUGCUGAUUUGCCAGCUCCUGAGUUGAAAUGGGAGAAGAUGGCAACUGCACCAGUGCCACGGCUUGACGGUGCAGCAAUACAAAUAAAAAAUCUUCUUUAUGUAUUUGCUGGAUACGGGACCAUUGACUAUGUGCAUUCUCAUGUUGAUAUAUACAAUUUCACUGAUAACACAUGGGGGGGGAGGUUCGACAUGCCAAAAGAAAUGGCGCAUUCGCAUUUAGGCAUGGUAACUGAUGGAAGAUACAUUUAUGUGGUUACCGGACAAUAUGGUCCUCAAUGUAGAGGGCCUACAGCACACACAUUCGUAUUGGACACAGAGACAAAGCAGUGGCGGAGCAUGCCACCUUUACCAGUCCCAAGGUAUGCACCUGCUACCCAACUUUGGAGAGGACGACUCCAUGUGAUGGCUGGUAGCAAAGAGAACAGACAUACACCUGCACUAGAGCAUUGGAGCAUUGCUGUAAAAGAUGGUAAAGUUUUAGAAAAAGAAUGGCGAAAUGAAAUUCCCAUUCCUCGCGGUGGGCCUCACAGGGCUUGUGUUGUGUUCAAUGAUCGUUUGUAUGUUAUUGGUGGUCAAGAGGGUGAUUUCAUGGCUAAACCUGGAUCUCCAAUUUUCAAAUGCUCUCGCCGGAAUGAGGUUGUAUUUGCUGAUGUGUACAUGCUAGAUGAUGAUAUGAAGUGGAAAGUGCUACCUCCUAUGCCAAAGGCGGAUUCUCAUAUUGAGUUUGCUUGGGCAAUUGUUAAUAGUUCUAUCAUCAUCGCUGGGGGUACCACAGAGAAGCAUCCUGUAACUAAAAAGAUGAUAUUAGUUGGAGAAAUUUUCCAGUUUGACUUCAAUACCCUGAAAUGGUCAGUGAUUGGGAAGCUCCCAUAUCGUGUCAAAACCACUCUUGUUGGCUUUUGGGAUGGAAUGUUUUAUUUUACAUCAGGGCAAAGAGACAGAGGACCUGAUGAUCCAGCACCCAAAAAGGUCAUUGGAGAGAUGUGGAGAACAAAGAUAGCAUUAUGAGCAAUUUUUUUGUAGCUGCUUGGUAGAUAAUGUGCCGAUGUAACAAACAGUAUACUACAUUCAAUCCAAUGGUAAUUUUUUUAUUUUUAUUCUUCUAUUUUUAAUGUCUGCACCGAAUAUCUGUAUGUGGAAUAUAAUUAUUUUUUUGCUGCUU